AUGAGGAAGAAACUACCAGAGGAAGCGAUUAUAGUUUUGUCGCAAUUGGGAGCGAUGCUGUAUGCUUUCAUCACUGUUUUUCCCGUUUUUGGACACCUUGUUCCGGAAAUCAACUGUAUUAAUAACUCGUCUGAUCCCUGUAAAUGCGAAGAAAAAGACCUCAAUUUCAAUUUUUCUUCCGUUCAGCCUUCAGACUUUUUCAUCGACGAGUGGAAUUCUUUGGCGACAGAAUUGAAGCUCGUCUGCGAGAAAGACAGCCACAAUGCGGUCAUGAUCUCUUUAGGAACUUUUGGAGAAAUCACGUCUAUCUUUCUUUCAGGCUAUAUUUCGGACACCUUCGGACGGCGAAAAUCAUUGUUGUUUUAUAACUGCAUCUUUUUUGCUUCCAUCGCGCUGCAGUUUGUUGGCCAAGGAUUGGUCUUUUUCUCAGCGGCGCGGUUUUUUAUUCAUUUCAGUGGAAUAGCAUUGAUGCUACUAGCCGUUUUGUAUGGAUCUGAAAUGGCGGAGAACCAAAAUUUCGCAUACAUCAUUUGGGCACUGUAUUAUUACUCCGGGACGGCGAUGGCUUCUGUUGUUGCUUAUUUUCUUCCAGAUUGGAGAGCGCAAAUGGCUGUCAACUUGACUUUAUCCGCAAUUUAUUUCAUCUUCUUGUUUCUGAUUCCAGAAUCGUCCGUUUUCAAAGCAAGCCGAGCAAGGGCCGAAGAAAAGCCAAAGUUUUACGAUACCAGACCAAAUCGAUUCUAUUUCCUGAGCAUUUGUAUUCUUAGUUUUUCAAUGUUCGCCUGCAACUUCAUCUAUUUCGGCCUCCUCUGGAACGGCGGCUCCCUCUCUCCGAACCCCUAUCUCAACGUCUUCUACCUCGGCCUUCUUGGAACAAUCGGAGCUCUUCUUCAAAAACCCCUGCUCAACAUUUUCUCCUCGAUAAAAAUCGUGGCCUUCUCUUUCUACGCCUGUUCCGGGGUCAUUUUCCUUGCACUCAUUAUUGGCGAUGACUGGUGGACAUCGAUUCUCUGCUUUUUCGGGUUCUUUUGGAUUUGCCUGACGUAUAUUAAUGCGUACGAUGCUGCUGCUACUUUUCCGGUUAAUAAUCGCUCGAUUUCUUGCAGCAUCUGCUCUCUUUUAGCCAGAUCAGCAAUUUUGACACCCCCUUUUAUGAAAUAUUUAUCCCCGAAAAUGCAGCUUGGAACUCUCGUCAUCAUCAGCGCCGCUUCAGCUUCUAUUUAUCUGAUUCUUCCGCGAAUUCCCCCUGAAAUGCCGUUUUUCACGAUGGCAGAAGCGAACAAGGUUUAUGAAGAAACAUAUUUUUCUGGCGCAAGAUAUGAGAAAGGAAAAGAGAAGAAGGAGGAUCUCCAGCAAAUUUUCCUUGAAACUGCCUGA